GUGAAGAGGGGAUUAACGUGAGGUUGCUCCGCUUCACAAUGAAUCACAAUGGAGACCGAACAGGGGCCAGGACGGAUUUAAGUGUUUCAUUAACUUGUCGCACAAAGUUACAAUCUGACAAGUAGCGUCGGGGACGAUCCACAUCCGCAGCCACAGACGUGGUCCUGACCCGGGAAACAAGUUGCGGACAGUUGGCGAAGUGUUUCCACAAGUGUUCGAACAAGGAAACCGUCGCAGGCUAACGUUAUGUAGCAAGCUAAUCUGAUUUACCCAGACGUGAAGCGUGCUAACUCUCAUCUCAGACCGUGCACCGAGCCCACGUGAGGCAUGACCGAGUACAAGCUGGUGGUGGUGGGGGCAGGAGGCGUGGGGAAGAGCGCUCUCACCAUCCAGCUCAUCCAGAACCACUUCGUAGAUGAAUACGACCCAACCAUCGAGGACUCGUACAGAAAACAGGUGGUGAUUGACGGAGAGACCUGUCUGCUGGACAUCCUGGACACUGCAGGUCAGGAAGAGUACAGCGCCAUGAGGGAUCAGUACAUGAGGACAGGAGAGGGCUUCCUCUGCGUGUUUGCCAUCAACAACACCAAGUCCUUUGAGGACGUUCACCUCUACAGAGAGCAGAUCAAUAGGGUGAAGGACAGUGACAGCGUUCCCAUGGUGCUGGUGGGGAAUAAGAGCGACCUGGGCACCCGCAAUGUGGAAAUGCGACAGGCGCAGGAGCUGGCACGAAGCUACGGCGUGCCGUUUGUUGAGACCUCUGCCAAAACCAGACAGGGUGUGGAGGAAGCUUUCUAUUCACUGGUACGGGAGAUUAGAAAAUAUAAGGAGACCAACCGCAGCAACAAGAAGAGCAAGAAGAACACUCAGAGACGUUGUUUGAUACUAUAGCAGACCACACACACACACACACACACACACACAGCAUCCUUCAUGGCACUUGUUUUACUCCUCUGUCAAUUUGGAGACUUCCAGCUCAGCUCCAGUCCAGACAGGGUAGCAGGCAAAAUCCAUUCGUACUGCCAUCACAGUUUCUACUAACAGCACGUUGCUAUGAGUUUUCAUCCAAUGAGCAGUUUUUGCUGUGAAUCCAGCUGUUUGUUUGUUUUUGUUUUGAUGACCAAACUACUAGAAUCUGUAGUUUUUUAGCUGAAAGUUAAUUUUUCUUUUUGGUUACCUUUGUGAAAACCUAAUUUGGGUCUGUGGUAGAAAGAUUUAUUUCCAAGAAUCAUUUUCUAAUUACGUAUAAUCCGGCCAGUGUUUUCAGCUCCUGUUGACUUUAGGCGGUCAAGGGUUCACGGUGGUUCGUCACUGCACUUUGCACAAUCACAACAGGUAAUGUUUUGAAUUCAUCUCACCAGGACUCAACACAAGUUGUAGAUGAGCUGCUGCAUGUUCGUCAUGAGAAAAGCGUAUCCUAAUGACUUGGAUGCUUUUUCGCUCUUGUGAAAAUGUUUUGCUUCAUCUUCCCCUUGUGUUUUUCUAAAGUUUGUCAUCUAGGGCUUGAAACACAACAGCAAUAUAUAGUUGGGUUAUUUCUUUCACAAAGACCACAUGUUAAAGAAAGUUCUAUAGCAUGAGUAACAAAAGCUUCAAAGUUGUGUUCCAGUCUCCAUGGUACACUUUAUCCAUUCCCCCUUUAGUUGAUCAAUAUAGACUUAAGGAUUAGUGGUAGUGCCAGUUCAAAUGUUCUCUCAGGAAUAUGUUUCAACACAAAAUGAAGGAGAGCUGAGUCAAGUCUGACCCCUGCUUCCAUAACUUCUUGCCAUUAAUCAUUUAUCAUUUGAAGUGUUGGUCCUGCUUUUUGCAUAUUCCAAAGUCGCACUGCAUUCCAAAGUCCAGUUUUUAAUGCAGCUUUUGUGUCAGUCCCAGUGUUGGUGGUCGUGGUUGUAAGUCACCGUGUCCAAGCUCAGCCUCUGCUUCACCACACUCCAUCAGAGCAUGUAGUGUGUGUGUGCGUGUGCUAUGCGUCCAUGUGGUGACAUGAAACUACUCAAACCAGUGAUUUAACUCAGCAGCCUCACAGUGACAGUCAUGGUAUCUGAUCCCACUCGAUGCUGGAUCAACACCUUCAGAAGCGAAACAUUUUUUAUUGCAGUGUUUUUCUUCUUUGAUUAUUACUCGCUCUUAAAAUGUAAUGGAUUUUUGAAGUUAAUUUUCCAAGUUAAAAACCCAUCUGCAUAAUUACAUGAAGUUUCAAAUGGAACAACUUUAACAAAGUGUUUAGAAUUAUCAAGUAUAGAAUUUUUCCAUCAGGCCCCUAGUGCCAGACUCACCACUUUGACAUGAUGUAAUUCCACUGUAAAAAAUAUGUAACUUGAUUGGGUCUGAACAAAUCUGACAGUUAUGUAAAAUCACUCUGCUGUAAUGAACAAGUAAACGUCUGUAGCUUUUA